GGAGACGACGGCAGCGUACGUCUCUGUGCUGUGAGGAAGAGACGCCCUGUGUGUUUUACCUCUGGUGAUGUUUGUGUGUAGCAGAGAGCUUUUUCCUCGAUGGACCUGCCGGAGACGAUCAGAAGACGACUAGAAGACUUUUCUCGGACUGUUUUAUUCGACCAGAGUCGGACUCAGCCUUUCACUAGGGAGAAUGACACGUUUUUACCUCACGACAAGCGGGUCCUGUCGAGUCUCCACCUCCAGAUGUCUCUCUACUUUAACAUGUGGUUCUUCCCCCUGUGGUGGAUCAGUGAAACUGUAAUGCUGCACCUCAAGUAUCCUGCCUUGCCAGACUACUACAAGUUCAUCCUCGUCACUAUUCUCAUCCUGAUGACCCUGAUCGAGGCAAUAAGACUCUAUCUGGGCUAUGCUGGGAACCUGCAAGAAAAGGUCCCAGAGCUGGCUGGAUUUUGGCUGCUGAGCAUCCUGCUGCAAUUUCCACUCAUCCUGUUUCAGCUCUUCAAUGAAGCCAUACUCAUACAGCCGCUGGAGAGAGGCGUUCACAUCAUUCUCGCCUUAUUCAUACUCACACAGGCCCUCUCUGGUUUUGUGGCACUGCGAGACAUGGUCAGACACACACAGAGCCAGUUUCAUCUCCAGCAGUUUGACUGAACUCUGGAGCUCUGACGUCCCUGCCACAGCUCGACACACCAGGAAGCAUCCUUACUUUGUAAACCCUCAGACUCAGAGGCUGACGACAAAAAAAAAAAAAAAAACAUGUUAUUUUUUUAAUUACAUGCAGCACAUGGGAUAUUUUGAACCCACAAUUGAGUAUUAAAGAGGAAACAAGAAGAUAUUUAUUUUUUUAUAUUUUAUUCACUUUAUAGUCUACAGGAUUGUAUUUCUGUUUUUGUAGCAUUACAAAAAAUAAAAUCCAUAUAACACAC